UUUCAAUUGAAUGUGCAUCAUAGUUUUUCCACAACUUGUGUAAUUAGUUAAAAAAUGUUAAUAAGAUCGUUCCUCUCUGUUUUAUUUGACUAAAGGUGUUAAGAGUAAGAUACUCAGAUACUGAUAUUUAUGCGUUCCCACACUCAGUACUCAAAAGAGAUGUUCCCAGCAGUAUGUCAGAAGUUUGUCCAUGCUAUGGGACCAGAGACAAUGGUGCCUCCAAACAGCAUGGACGCCGCUCAGGACCUAGACCUCAUGAAGAUAGUGCUCAGGAAAAUCAAGAGAAACUAUCUCUUCUGGGAAAAAGUGAAGCACACAGUCCUUGAUUUUAAUCUUCAAUCACUAUUACUGAACAGUCAUGCUGUUCUGAGUGUGCCAAUUACAUCCAAAAAGUUCUGUGAGUUUAAUCCAGAAAGUAAAUAUUCUCUGGAUGGGAGGUUGGGAAUCCAGAUGAUGAGAGAGUUGAUGGAUGCUUCAUUAUCUGCAUCAGAUUCUGUUACAAUUUCCUCCAAACUUGGAACCAUAGAAGAGAAAGGUUUAGAUUCGGAUGCAUUGCUUCAAACACUUCAGAGCAGGAGGCUAGAUAUGAACCAUCCUAUUGUGAAGCAAGUUUUAGGCAGCACAAAGCAGUCUGUUAGUCUGUGUAUUGUCAAGGAUUUAUAUGUAGUCCAAAAGGAUGCAGAAAUAAAGAGAGUUCGUACCGUGGAUGAGGAAAUGGAUGUUAAAGAAAAGGUAAAGGUUAUCCCGGGUGAUGUGGAUGAGAAGGCUCACUAUGAUAAAACGGGAGACAUUGUGGUCCCUGCAGGGACCCCUAUGGCCUACAAAGUCUGGGAACUCCAAGUCAGAGCCAGAGAUGGAAGCAUUACUCCCAUGGCUCUACCCAAGGGCAGAGGAGGAUUCUUAGGAAACCCCGUGGCAGACUACGCUGACAGCAUCGACCCAGAGAAACCAGCAGACAGUAGGAAUGAAAUGGUGGCAGAUACCUUAAAACCUUUGGUUACUAUUGAUGAAACUGAGAGGCAGAAUUUGAUAGCUGCUUUCAAGACAAUCAUGAGAAAUCAAGCUGAAAUCACAAGGCUGGAAAACUUGCUGAGUGAAGUAGAAGCAGGGGAGUUUAAGGAAGUCUCCUUUUCAGAAUGGAUGAAAAGUAGUUCCUCUGAAGAAAAUGUCUACAAGACAAUUCUAACAUCAAGUGGAUUUGUAUUCAAGGGUGACAUUCUCCAGUAUCCUCAACCAGCCAGCAGCAUUCUUAUUGCUUGUGGUUACAUCUUUGGGGCAUUGGAGGAAUUUGACAAGCAAGAACUACUGCAACUUACCUCAUGUGAAAGAGAGGCUGGAAUAGCCCUUGUUGAAGUUUGCUCCCAGGCAAUAGAUGGAGAAAGUGUGAUAUUGCUACCAGAUUUAGCUAAAGUUUUGGGAAGAGGAUCAACUGGUAGAAACCUUGUGGAAUCCUUAGGAUUUAAGGUGGAGGAAGGUAGCAACACAGUUACUGCCCCUAGUCAGAUUUCAAAAACAUUUGAAAACACCUACUGGAUCUUGUACACAUUCUUUAAAUGAAAAUACAUUUACUGAGUGCAUUCAAUAUAACAUCGACUGUUUUACAAUGAUAGGAAGUGCUUUAGUAUGAAUUUUUAUACAAGGAUUGUGGAAUGUGGGUGUAUAUAUGGUUUCUUGCCUUUAACACAUGAAUACAACAUGGCCUAUAUAUUUUUCUGAAUUAUUUUUUAAUCUUUAAGAAUAUGUGUAAUGACUGUUAUGACAAUUUUCAACACCAAAACACCAAAGCUUUUGGAGUUUUCACCCCUUAGGGCCCAACCAAGGUUUUUCUGCCUGAGUUGUCACAUCCUCUCUCUGGGAAACCUGGAGAUGUCCCUAUCCCACACAUAUAUACAGUGCUCUCUCGAUAUAUUGCCCCCCGUUAUAAUGCAACCCCCGCUUAUUGCCUGAAAAUCCUAAAGAACAGAUUUCUUCCCAUGUUAACACCCCUGUUAUAAUGCCAACCCCGCAUAAUGCCAUAUGCCACUGAUUUUCACAAACAAAUGGUCAAAUUUUUUUGGGUUUACCCUUAAUAAUAAUGCCAAUUACCUAACACCCAUUCCGUAAUCACACCUGUACUUUGAUAAUGGUUGGAUGAAGUGUGACAGUUUGGACCAGGUAUUCAGGUGGCCAGGUUAAUUACUAAUAAUUGCAGAAUUGAACUCAAGAUAACUUAAAUGUUUAUGCAGGAUGGAGUCCAAAUUACUUUAUGGUAUUGAAUUUCUUUUGAUUGCUUAGUGAAUUGUCCAUAAUGAUGAAUUUGUUAUAAUGCCACCCCCGCUUUAUUGCCCAAAUUCAUCUUAUUAAACAAAAGUUGGCAAUACAUGUAUAUCGAGGGAGAACUGUAUAGCACUAAAAUGACCAACACGAACAAUUACAAGAUCAAAUUUUAUUCAGUAUUAAGUAAAAUAUGUACAAAGGCUAGCACUAAAUUUACAAAUGUAUAUACCGUAUAACUUAAUUUUUUUGUGAUUUUCCAAUUCACUCUCUUUGUGAGUAUUUUAGUAUCGCAAACAAUUCAAUUCGCAUAAAAUUUACACCAAUUGUGUACCAUAUCUUACAAUAUAUGAAUAACUCAGUGAGUAGUACUGGGUGUAGUACUAAUUAUCUUAAACGGUGGCCAGGUAUUAUCACUCUGUACAUGCACCUGUUAACUGAUAACACAUAACAGUAAUGUCUGUUCUGUACAAAAUUGAAACCUGUCAAUUAAUUUAUAACUCUAAAAUUCAACUUGGAGAAUCGCAAACAAAGAACUAUACAAAUAAAAAAUAACAGUGUUUUGGGGUAUUUUCUGAUACGCAAAAAAAAAAACCUGUUAUAUGGUGCACUGCAAACUACAUGUUUAUUGUUUUUGGCUGACUAAUCAAUAAGUUAUUUGGUGAGUUAAUGAUGGUUGAUCAUCAGUGCAAAACUAACAUUUCUGAAUGUUAGACUGCUUACUAAGAAUAUGUAGUACUUUUAUCCAUUAUAUACUGUAUAUGUAUAAACAUAUUUCUUUCACUGCCAAAUGAUGAGUAUAUACAUGUACAUGUUCAUACUGUCUCAUUUAUGAUUCAUCUUUUUAAUGCAAAAUUAAAACUGAUCAAAGAACAA